CUCUUCAACCCCUUUCCUGCCCCACAGGUGUAUCCAUCCAACUCAGGUGAUGACUACAGCAGGGAUCCAGCUGGAUAUACUCCCUCAAAACCUGCCAGCACUGUGUAUCCUGGAGCCUUUUAUAUGGCAGAUGGGCUCCAUAACUCGCCAGACCUGUGGAGUUCACCGGGUGCCAUGAGCCAGUCGAGUUACGGUGCCAUGCUGGGCAGCUCCUCCUCCCCGCUCCCACAGUCCAGCGGCUUCAACAGUUUACAUCAGCACGAACGCAUGAACUACCAGCUUCAUUCAGGAGAGGUUAACGGCGGACUUCCCUCUGUGUCUGGCUUUUCCUCCGCCUCCACGCCGUACGGUGUCUCCAGUCACACGCCCCCGAUCAGCGGGACGGACAGCAUGAUGGGUAACAGAGGAACCACAGCUGGGAGCUCAGGAGACGCGCUUGGGAAGGCACUAGCUUCAAUUUAUUCCCCUGAUCACUCUAGCAAUAACUUCUCGUCAAACCCCUCCACACCGGUCGGCUCCCCUCAGGGGCUUGCAGGCACAUCCCAGUGGUCGCGAGCGAGCGGACAGGGUGCCUUAUCUCCCAGCUACGAAGGGAGCCUCCACACUUUACAAAACAAAAUGGAAGACAGGUUGGACGAAGCCAUCCACGUGCUGAGGAAUCACGCCGUGGGCCAGACAGCCGCCAUGCCAAGCAACCACGGGGACAUGCAUGGGCUCCUGGGCUCGGCACCUGCCCACAGUGCUACCGUGGGCAGCCUGGGCCAGGCCUUCCCCGCCUCGGUCAUGUCCCUGGGGAACAGACACCCGAGUCUGGUGGGAGGAGGUCACCCCGAAGAUGGGUUGUCCAACAACCCCAGCAUGCUCCACAACCACGUCACACUUCCGUCACAGCCCAGCUCACUCCCUGACCUCAACAGGCAGCAAGACACGUACAGCGGCUUGUCAGGGGGGCUGGGGCGAAGCAGUGUCUCCUCGGGAACCAGCGAAAUAAAGAGGGAAGAGAAGGAGGAUGAAGAGAACACGUCGGUGGCAGAUAACUCCGAAGAGGAGAAGAAGGAGCUGAAACCCUCCCGGAACAGAACAAGGUGCUCUUUGAACAGCAGUACAGACGAGGCCUUGUCACUGGAGGACAAAGAUCUGAGGGACCGGGAGAGGAGAAUGGCCAAUAACGCCAGGGAAAGGGUGCGUGUACGGGACAUUAACGAGGCCUUUAAAGAACUGGGACGCAUGUGUCAGAUGCACUUAAAAACGGACAAAGCACAGACCAAACUGAUCAUCCUACAGCAAGCGGUGCAGGUCAUUCUGGGCCUGGAGCAGCAAGUACGAGAGCGCAAUCUGAACCCUAAAGCAGCCUGCUUGAAGCGUCGGGAAGAGGAGAAAGUGUCCGGAGUAGUAGGAGAUCCCCAGAUGACACUUUCAGCUUCACAUCCUGGUCUAGGAGAUGGUCACAACCCUGUUGGACACAUGUAAAGAUCUUUUUGUUCCUCUGGAUACAGAGAUCUGUAGGAAGAAAACCCUCGGUGUGACCUGCAACCUUCUUGAACCAUAAACUUUAGUACUGCUAAUACUGACACACGUGGACGGAUCCUGGCAUGACGUAAGGGGUGGAAAAAACACUUUGUCGAAAACAAAAUGAAAACAAAAAAAUUGCCUUAAGUAUAAAGUGCAGAACAGUCAAUACAUAUCACUCAGUUAGGAGGGGGUGGCGUGUUCUCUUGGCUUGUUCACAAGCAGCCAGCAGCAAAAUUGUGCCUAAGCUUGAUAUUUCUUUUUU